CCGUACAGUAUACAGCUUACAGUGUGUACAGUGUACAGCGUACAGUGUGUACAGUCUAGAAAAAAUGAAGUUACUUUACACAAUCCUCUUCCUUGCUUUACUAAGCCCCAGUCUUACCUGUAAGACAAAAUUUCUCCCCAAACUGAGUAAGCAAUCCUUAAUCGACACAACUGUUCCUGAUAAUACAGAGACUACAACUGUUGAGGGGACUACAGCACCAGCGACUACUACUACUGCACCAGAGACUACCACUGUUAUGGAGACUACCACUUCUGAAUGUGACACAUCUUCAACUACAGAGACUACCAGAUAUGAACCUACUAGUACGACUGUAGCUCAUGAAACGACUACAACUCCUGAUGAUCUAUGGUGCUGGGAAGAAACGGGAUUUUCAAAAAUUUCCAGGUCCUACAAUGAUGUUACCUGCACAAUAUGUUCCUUCCUGUUCCAAGCCCUGGAUGAUAUUUUAUUGGAAAAUGAAGGAAAUAUCGCUGAUGCGUUAGUGGAGCUUUGUAACAGUGUACCAUCUUUCUUAACUCAGAUCUGCGAGGAUCUGCUUGGAAAAUGUACAGAUGAGAUUAUUGAGACGAUCAUAGAGAGCGGACUCAACCCUGAAGACAUCUGUGGAGGUCUUGGUCUAUGUCCGUAGUUUUUUCCUCACUUUUAUUGUCAUUUUUUAACAAAUCAAAUAAAUGAGAAUUUUGAA